AUGAUAAGACGAAUCAAACAGAAACUAGCGUACUGGCUACUUGCAUUCCUAUUUGCCCUCACUUUCAUACAACUACUAUCCUAUAGCAGGAUAGGUAUACGAAACCAGUUUAAAUUUGCAUAUGGUGGACAGAUGCUGAAAAACCAAAUAGUCAAGAAUCAAGUGGUGUUUCCCAGAAGUCUAACGGUGGCCGACAAUGACAUCAAUGCAUUUGUCAACAAAAAUCCCCAGUUUUUUAAUAAGGCAUUGUUGAACUAUCCAAAGUUUGUACAAGCAACUCAAGUUAAUGAAUCUACUUCCCAAGUACAUUCCAACUACCAUCCAUAUAACUUUACAAUUUUCAAUUCAUUGCAAGACAUAAGUUUGGAUUUGAAACAAUGUGAAGCAUUACAGUCAACACCACGUGUAAAGAUAGACAAGGCUGCCAAUUUACAAGUGUCAUUACCGGAAAUCUUGGGCGAAGUAUAUCGAGAAAUGGAAUCAGGAAAGAAUCCCUAUUAUAACGAGUUAGCGCCAUUUGUUCUCCCAGAAUUGAAAAUACAAUUGGAUUUGGAUGUGGUAGAUAGAUUUUGGUAUAGAUUAGCUGGGAGUUCUGCUUGGCUUGAACAAUAUGGAGUUCAUUUUAUGAUUUCGAGAAUCCUUUAUAGUCCAUCAGGAAGCAGAAAUCAACCAAUUAUAUCAUUGACAUAUGCACAACUAUUUGAUGAAAAUUGGAAUGAAUUAAUAAAUACAAAGUUAUUAGUGCCUACCAAUAAUUUGAAGGAAAAGAAAGAUGCUAAAUACCAACAACAGAAAUUUAAGAUUUUGAACUUUCCAUGUUUCUUGCCUAUCCCAUUCUGGCAUGAUUAUGAUAAUAUAUCAGGGAAGUAUUAUGGUCCUGAGGAUCCAAGAUUGAUUGUGGUCAAGAACAAAAAUGGUUAUGAAGAACCGCUCAUUGUUUUUAAUGCAUAUCGCAGAAAAUUAGCUACUUUUGACGAUGAUGAUGACAUACAUCUUCUUAAAAAAACCGAUUUCUACCGUUCCAUGUUUAUAUGUUGGCCCUGGCAGUUCCAAAAGGGGAAAGAAAAUGUAGAAGGUGUCAAGAAUCCCGCAUAUGAUAAUAAUUUGUACAAUCGAAUAGCUGAAUUAAGAAUCAAGAAUUUACAAGAGGUUAAGAUUCAGAAAAAUUGGACUCCUCUUUUAAGCUAUGAAGAUCAAAUCAAGAACGGGUAUGAUACACAUAUUCAAUUCAUUUAUCGAUGGGCAAAUAUCGAUAUUCUUAAAUGUGAUUUAGAAGGGGAUGAUAUUGGAGAGUGUAAGUUCACUUAUAGAAUAAGUGAUUCCUUAGCCACUAAGAAUCAGGUCGGGCCACUUCGUGGAGGUACUCAAUUGGUAAAUAUAAAUAAUAUGCUUACAUCAGGUGGCUUUCCUGUAACCCGAUUGAUACCGCCAAAUCGAGAAAUAUGGGUUGGUUUUGCCCGUGCACACCUUGAUGAUUGUGGGUGUGGUAAAGUAAUGUAUAGACCAAAUUUGGCUGUAAUUGUUAAGGAUACGGUCAAGGUGGGUGUAACUGGUACGUCAUUUUUUGGAUCAAAUGAACGAGCUAAAGUGUUAUAUCGUGACUUGUACAGAGUCACACAUAUUUCUUCAUCCCUUUCAUUAGACAUUGAUGUGGUGGGAUGGGACUUGCAUAAUCCUACUGACUUAUGUCUGAAUGCAAAUAUAUUGAUACCCAAUGGUGUGUCGUCAUGGACGGUCACGUCAUUAACAGCCAAGAAUAACAAGUGGAGGUCUAAUGACUACUUGACAUUAUCAUUGUCCAUAAGUGAUUUUACGGUUCAUAAAAUUAAUAUUCAAGGUUUAUUGCAAGUUUUACUUAAUUUACCAGAUAAGUCGUUAUUCUUGCAACCUGGUGAUACCAAUCUCGAAACCAAAAAACGAAUUCCACAAGAAUUGAAGAAAAAACUAAUGAUUCCAGAUGUCACCGAUGAAAUCGAGGACUAUGAAAAAUUGCCAGGUUUUAACAAUGACAAUAUAGUAUGUGCUCUUCAAGACUCGGUUCAAUUCUGUGAUCAGUAUGGUCAGGAACACUUUGCCCGAAAACAAGCUAGUGCAAAAGUAUUUGAGAGUAUUUCAUGGGAUGAUGACGAACUUGAGGAGGAUCAAUUCUUGGACAUUAACAAGUCAAGGUAUUUACGAAUUAUCGAUAGAUUGAAGAAAGAAAUUCGGUUGAACAAAUUGCGAUUGAGGAAAUCAUUAAAAGCAAGGAAACAACAGAGUAAAUAG